CUGGCAAAAGAGAAGGGAUGGGCUAGUAAAAGGGAUGAAUGGCUGGGGGAGCUGGAGAAGAGCGACGAAAGGAGUUGGGGACUGGCGGGACGGAGAUGGGGGAGGAAUCUGGGGGGUCGCGGAAGCGGGACUUGGACCAGGGCAGGUGAGGCAAAGGAUGCAGGGCAGGGGGAGCAACUGUGGAGCGGGGGCGGGAACAGAUGUGCCCACGGCCGCCCCCCAUCCCCCUGUGUGUCUGCUGCUCAGACACUAAAGGAGAUGGAUGGGGUUGGGGAGACGCGGCGCGCGUGGCCCGGGGCGGCUCAUCACUCAGCCGCCGCCCCCGCAGCGGCGGGGUCGGGGUGGGGGUCCAGCGGUAGAUAACAAGGCCACGAAGCGAGCGGCGGACAGGCCGGCCCACGGCGGCAGCAUGAGCACGGCAGACCGUAGUCACGCUGCGGGCGCGGCCCCCGACUCAGACCCGGGCCGGAUGGCGGUGGCCUCGACUUACCAGCGCUUCGAGCCCCGCGCCUACCUCCGCAACAACUACGCGCCCCCUCGGGGGGACCUGAGCAACCCGGAUGGCGUCGGGCCUUGGAAGCUGCGCUGCUUGGCGCAGACCUUCGCCACUGGUGAGGUGUCUGGACGCACCCUCAUUGACAUUGGUUCAGGACCCACCAUAUACCAACUGCUCAGUGCCUGCGCCCACUUUGAAGACAUCACCAUGACAGAUUUCCUGGAGGCGAACCGCCAGGAACUGGGGCUCUGGCUGCGGGAGGAGCCCGGGGCCUUCGAUUGGAGUGUGUACAGCCAGCACGUCUGCCUCAUUGAGGGCAAGGGUGAGUCCUGGCAGGAGAAGGAGCGACAGCUGCGAGCCAGGGUGAAGAGGGUCCUGCCCAUCGAUGUGCACCAGUCCCAGCCCUUGGGUGCUGGGAGCCUGGCACCCCUGCCUGCUGACGCCCUGGUCUCUGCCUUCUGCCUGGAGGCUGUGAGCCCAGACCUCGUCAGCUUCCAGCGGGCCCUGGACCACAUCACCACACUGCUGAGGCCCGGAGGGCACCUCCUUCUCAUCGGGGCCCUGGAGGAGUCAUGGUACCUGGCUGGGGAGGCCAGGCUGGCAGUGGUGCCAGUGUGUGAAGAGGAGGUGAGGGAGGCCCUGGAGCACAGCGGCUAUGAAGUGCGAGACCUGCGCACCUACACCAUGCCUGCCCGCCUUCAGACAGGUGUAGACGAUGUCAAGGGCAUCUUCUUCACCUGGGCCCAGAAGAAGGUGGGGGUGUGAGGGCCCAGUGCAUCCAGUACUGACGGCCCUCACCCACCCAGAUUCUUUAUUAUCUGAAGUG